AUGAUUGAGCUGAAAAAACUAGCAGAUGAACUCCGAGAGGAGAUCGUAUAUACGGUGUCAAAGACGGGAGGUCAUCUGAGUUCGAGCCUAGGAGUCAUCGAGCUAACCAUUGCGCUUCACCAUGUUUUCAACACUCCUCAUGAUAAAAUCAUCUGGGAUGUCGGACAUCAGACUUACGCGCAUAAAAUACUGACUGGGAGGAGGUCAAAGAUGCAUACAAUUCGGCAGACUUUUGGACUGGCAGGUUUUCCAAGAGGGAGGAGAGUGCCCAUGAUGCUUUUGGAGCUGGACAUAGCUCUACUAGCAUUUCAGCUGCUUUAG